UCGUUCCUCCGAUAAUCGUGCGAGAAGAAAACCGAAGGCUCCUCCCUCUUCCUUCCUUUCCUUCUUUCCUGCUGGUGAAACGGACAAAUUAAUAUCAGAAAGACGAGAGAAUCAACGGCGAGAAGGCGUCAGGACGACACCAAGAGAAAGCUGCGAAGGCAAGAAAAAUGGUGCAGAAAAGGAAGAAGAUCGGAAUGUUCAUCAUGUGCGGCGAACAGCCGCCGGAUAUGGAGAUCUCAAGGGACGGCAGCCAAUACAGCCUCUCCAACGGCAUCCUCCCCUCCCUCGGCGCCCACAGCAACCGCCGGGUCAAGCUCCGCAGCUUCAUCAUCUCUCCUUACGAUCGAAGGCACAAAACUUGGGAGACGUUCUUGAUCGUUCUAGUGCUCUACACGGCGUGGGUGUCGCCGUUUGAAUUUGGAUUCCUGGACUACUCCAAGGGGUUUCUCGCGCUGGUGGACAACGUCGUCAAUGGCUUCUUCGCCGUCGACAUCGUUUUGACUUUCUUCGUCGCCUACCUCGACCGAACCACAUAUCUCCUCGUCGACGACCCAAAGCUGAUCGCCAAGAAGUACUUGACCAGCUGGUUCGUGCUCGACCUCCUUUCCACCAUUCCUUCAGAAAUCAUGCUCCUGCUGCUCCCUCACAAACUCCGCUCUUUCGGAUUCUUCAACAUGCUCCGCCUCUGGCGUCUCCGACGAGUCAGCGCCAUGUUUGCCGGAUUGGAAAAGGACAGAAGCUUCAGUUACUUUUGGAUUCGUUGCACGAAGCUCAUCUGUGUGACACUCUUCAUCGCGCACCUUGCCGGUUGCAUCUUUUAUCUUCUCGCUGCGAGAUACCCUGACGCCACCCGCACAUGGAUUGGUUCUUCGAUGGCAGAUUUCCAUGAGGAGAGCUUGUGGAUUCGUUAUGUGUCGUCCAUGUACUGGUCCAUCACCACCCUGGCCACCGUCGGCUAUGGCGACUUGCACCCCGUGAGCUCUUCGGAGAUGAUCUUCGACAUUUUCUACAUGCUGUUCAACAUUGGAUUGUCGGCAUAUUUGAUUGGAAACAUGACCAAUUUGGUUGUUCAUGGCACUAGCAGGACCAGAACAUAUAGGGAUACGAUUCAAGCAGCGACUAGUUUUGCACAAAGAAACCAGAUUCCAGAGAGGCUACAGGAGCAGAUGACCUCUCAUCUCAGCUUAAAGUUCAGGACUGACUCAGAAGGGCUGCAGCAGCAAGAGAUCAUGGAUGCUCUUCCCAAAGCCAUCCAAUCCAGCAUCUCUCACUUCUUGUUUUACUCUCUCGUUCAGCGUGUCUACUUGUUCCGAGGAAUCUCUCAAGACAUGCUAUUUCAAAUGGUGUCUGAGAUGAAAGGCGAGUACUUUCCUCCAAGGGAAGAUGUGAUCUUGCAGAAUGAAGCGCCCACCGACUUCUACAUCCUGGUGACUGGCACCGCGGAGCUCAUUGAUCACCGGAGUGGAGCAGAAGAGAUUGUUCGGGUGGUGAAGAAAGGAGAUCUUGUGGGCGAGCUGGGAGUUGUUUGUUAUCGACCUCAACUGUUCACAGUUCGGACUCGAUCACUGUGCCAGCUGCUUCGCUUGAACCGCACUGCCUUCCUCAACAUCGUUCAGUCCAGUGUCAGCGACGGAACCAUACUCAUCAACAACCUGCUUCAGUAUUUUAAGGAGCGACGGGACGACCCGGUGAUGGAAGCACUGCUGAGGGAAACAGAGAACAUGUUGACUCGAGGCAGAGUUGACCUUCCGUUGACUCUGGGUUUCGCCAUCGUUCGAGGUGACGACGUGUUGCUGCAGCAGCUUCUGCGACGAGGGCUGGACCCGAAUGAGUCGGACGACGAAGGGCGCACUGCAUUGCAUUUGGCGGCGUCGAAGGGGAAUGAGCAUUGUGUUCGCCAGUUACUGGAUUAUGGUGCGGAUCCGAACAGUAGAGAUUCUGGAGGAAGUGUGCCGUUGUGGGAAGCUAUUGUAGGGAAGCACGAGGGGGUGGCAAAGCUUCUCGUGGACAACGGCGCGCAGCUAUCCGUCGGCGACAUAGCCCACUUCGCCUGCACGGCUGCGGAGCAUGACAGCGUCCAGAUGCUGGAGGAGAUCGUCCAUUACGGGGGCGACGUCACGGCGGCCAAGGGAGACGGAACCACGGCGCUCCACCAAGCCGUCUGCGACGGGAACCUCGCCGUGGCGGAGUUCCUCGUUCGGCACGGAGCUGACGCGAACAAGCCCGACUCGCACGGGUGGAGCCCGCGGAGCCUGGCGGAGCAACAGGGCCACGAGGAGAUCAAAGCCCUGUUUGACAGCGUAAAGCAAGCCGCCAGCGGGGCCGACCCCUCGGCGCGAACUGCGGCUGCCCCGGUGCGGCGGUUCAGCAGCGAGCCGGCGAUUCCGAAUCCGAACGCGGCGGCGGGGGUCGAGGAGGUCUGGCCGUUAAUGUCUCCGGGAGAGGGGAUGAGCGUGCAUGAGCGGCGGGCGACCAACUAUUCAAACUCUCUGUUCGGGGUCGUAUCGGCGGCUAACAGCGGCGGCGGUGGCGGAAGACGGGGGCACAGCGGUCUGCUGUCGGCGGUCGGUGUCGGUCGUCCUCCGAAGCUGGUAUUCGGCGGGGGCAGGAGCCAGACGCUUCAGGAGAGCGUAAGCUAUGCGCGCGUGACGCUGAGCUGCCCGGAGAGAGGCAACGCAGCGGGCAAGCUGGUGCUUCUGCCCGAGUCGAUGCAGGAGCUGCUGGACAUCGCGGCGAAGAAGUUCGAGCUGCCUGGGGCGGUGAGAGUGAUGACCACGGACGGGGCGGAGGUGGAUGACGUGAAGCUGAUAAGAGACGGGGACCAUCUCGUCCUAGCCACCGGCGCAUCGGAUGUCGUCGAUCGAUGUGAUUGA